AUGUUGUCAGAUCCGGCACCAAAACAUUCUAGCGACUCAAAUCCCAGAUUAUACUCGGCCUUCCCUCCUCUGCUCAAUGAAAAGGUCAUCAUCAAAACAAACGAGUUGUCGGUUAGUAUUGCUCUGGCUGAACCGAUGCUCUGCCUCCAGUGGCAUUAUCCGGAUGACCCAAGCGAAAAAACACCGGCGGUUUUGCGUGGGCAGAUGCAUCUACAUGUCACCAAGCCUGUCCAAAUAAAGACGAUUGGAAUCCGCUUCCGCAGCCAGGGCCAUACAGACUGGCCAGGUGGCAUCCCGCCGAACUGGACGCACGUUCACGAUAAACAAAACUUUUUCGUCCACAAGCACGUCUACUUUAAUUGCAAAGAUGCGUCCUUAAUGCAGAACAAUCCUGGCAGGCACUAUUGUCACCACACCAACACAGUGGUCCCAGUAACAGCAGAGGACUCAAUGUUAGCAAAAGGUCGGACGCUAUAUUUGAAGAGCAUUGAAGGCAUUUUCCCGGGUCGUCAUCAGCCCACAUAUACGGGUAACAAACACCCGCGAAGCAAGCAAAACAGCCACCCCUAUGACUCUAAACACAGAAAUUACGCAGUGUUCGCCGUCGGAAAGUACAGGUACAAUUUUGAGUUUAUCGUCGAUGGCUCCCUGCCGGAGACAAUCGAGACACGAUUUGGGUCUGUGCGGUAUGUUUUAGAGGCUGUCAUCGAACGACCUGGGUUACUCCAAUCUAACCUUCUCGGCACGAUGGAGAUUCUUGUCAUUCGUAUCCCGACCGAGGCCUCGUUAGCACGGAUGGAGCCCAUUGUGAAUUCACGCAAUUGGAAGAGUCAAAUUUAUUAUAGCAUUGCUAUUCCGGGCAAUUUAUUCCCUCUGAGCUCACAGAUUCCUAUUACAUUCAGGCUGACACCGCCGACGGACGUCGAAUGCCACCGGAUCAAAGUCUACGUGGUAGAAACCAUUCAAUACUGGACAGCAAAUAAGAACAUAAGCCAUUCACGGCCUGCAAAGAUGGUACUCUUAUUCGAUAGAGCCUGUUUUGUGGCUGUACCAGAAAAGGAGAAAAUGGUCGAUCAUAUUCGGACCGAUAUGACACAAUGGCUGGAGUACAACCACUAUGGUGACCAGGCGGAGGGGAAAUUCAACGUGCAUUUGCCAGGUUGCCAUGAGAUAAACAGUCGAUGCGGUUCCCGGCGGCUACAUUGCGAUACAAUGUACGGAAAUAUCAAGAUAAGUCACCGAAUAAAGGUUACGUUUUUUUUGUCCCAAAACAACCAAAAAACCCCAUCAAAAAGGGUUUCUGAGGUUUCAUUGGAGUCGCCGUUCUAUAUUAUCUCCUGUCAAGCGACGCAGGCUAAUAUGCAACUCUCGGCCUACACAAGACCAACUUCUGACCCGAUCUUUCCGGCUGAAGACACCAAGUGCGGUUGUUCAGAACCCAAUCGAAACUAG